AUUCAGAACCGCCAUCUUGCUAUUCGUACGGCACAUCCUCCCCUUUUCAAUUUGCACGGAGAGGGUUUCAAGGCCGUAAAAAGGGUCGCCCGGCCCUCACAUUCAGUUUCAGUGGCGAAAGGCACGCUGAAUUUGCAGCCAUGUCAAAACAAAGCAUAAUGGACCGCGUAACAGCGGCGAAACACAGCCUGGCAGGGCAAGGAUUGGCCAAGGUUGUAUGUAAAGCUACGACAGAAGAGGUGAUGGGCCCUAAGAAGAAACAUUUAGACUACUUAAUACAGUGUACCAAUGAACCCAAUGUCUCAAUCCCACAACUCGCAGACUUACUCAUUGAGCGCACUCAGCAACAGAGCUGGGUCAUCGUCUUCAAAGCCCUCAUCACAACUCACAAUCUCAUGAACUAUGGAAAUGAGAGAUUCACCCAGUAUCUGGCCUCUAAUAAUUGUUCCUUUAACCUUGGUCAGUUUAUUGAUAAACAGGGAGUUCAAGGUUAUGACAUGUCAACAUUCAUACGACGAUAUUCCAAAUAUUUAAAUGAAAAGGCUGUUUCCUACAGACAAAUGGCAUUUGAUUUUUGCAAAGUCAAAAGAGGCAAAGAUGAUGGAUUGCUGAGAACAAUGAAUGCAGACAAGCUUUUGAAGACCCUGCCAGCCCUACAGAAACAGCUGGACUCACUGCUAGAGUUUGAUUGUGCUCCCAAUGAGCUCACCAACGGGGUCAUCAACGCCUGCUUCCUCCUGAUGUUCAAGGAUCUGAUUCGUCUCUUUGCCUGUUACAAUGACGGAAUUAUUAACCUACUAGAGAAAUACUUUGAUAUGAAUAAAAAGCAAUGUAAGGAUGCAUUAGAAAUUUACAAGAGGUUUCUGGUCAGGAUGGACAAGGUCUCCGAAUUCCUGAAGACAGCUGAGAAUGCCUCCAAAAACCCCCAGCAGAGUGUUGGUAUUGACAAGAGUGAUAUUCCUGACCUAGCCAAGGGCCUGAAGAACAAUGCUAAUUCAGCCCCUUCUAGUCUCCUUGAUGCCUUAGAACAGCAUUACCAGUCCCUGGAAGGGAAGAAAGGGGUGACAACUCCUGUCAGUGGCUCAAAUUUGUAUAUACCUGCACCCGUGGGGUUUGCUGCGGCCAUUAACACCAUUUCUAGUAACACACCCACAAUCAAUGUGUCGGAGGAAGAGCGACAGCGGAUUUUAGACGAGGAAAAUGCUCGCCUUCAGCAGUUAAAGAAGGAACAGCUUGGCAAGAGCACUGCUGACUCUCCAAAUCAGGAGCAGAGAAUGAAAGAACUCGGGCAGUCACCUCAGCCAAACAACCCAGCAACAAAUCCGUUCGCAACGCAAACACCAAACGGGACAAGCGAUUUGUUCGGGUCACCCACAAAGUCGGCAGCACCCCAGAAGGCUAGCGACGACCUUCUUAGUUUGUCAGGAAACCCCUUCGUACAGAACGUUCAAAACGUCAUGGCGAUGCAGAAUGCCACACAAGCGAUGAGUCAGCCCAACUCGUUCGCUCAGUGGAAUAGCGCCCCAGCUACCAGCGUUCCCGCAUCGAGCAGUAUGUUUACAUCUGACGUUGACUUUGAGAAAGUGUUUCCCAACCAGUCAUCCAACACCUCCGCUGCUUUUCCUGGACCUCCCAUGCCGACUAGUCCAGCUCUCCAUCAGAGGAGUUUAACUCCAACCAUGAAUGAGUCAGCACCGGGCCGCCUAAGUCCCGCCCUCAUCUCUUCUGACCAAUCAGGAUUUGAUGCCUUUGGGGAGGUCCUAAAACCAACCUCCAAUGUUGGGAUGAACAGCGCCACACAAGAAAAACUCAUCAACAAAGAUCUGGAUUCCAGUCUGUCACAGCUAGCUGGAAACCUCAACAUCAAAGGGUCAGCGUCACAGGUCAAAAAACAACAACAUGACUGGCAACCGAAGGGUGAACAGAAGAAGACGGGUGGUCAGAGCUGGCAGGGGCUACCCCCCAACAUCUCUUCCUCCACCUGGACCUCACCCAGCUACGGACAGCCCAUGGUAAAUAGUCAGUCCAAUAUGACAACACAGUCUACAAUGAUAAACUCUCAGCAGCCUCCGAUGAUGGCACCAGUGAUGGGAUACAAUGUUCAACCAAUGAUGCAGCAACCAGGCAUGAUGGGAGUGAGGCCAAUGGGAAUGCAGCCUGCCAUGGGAAUGCAGCAGCCAAUAGGAAUGCAACCUGCUAUGGGUAUGCAGCAACCCAUGGUGUUUGGCAUGCAACCUGCCAUGGGAAACAUGAUGUCACAGCCGCGCCCACCCGCACAAACCAAUCAGGAUCCAUUCGGAGCGUUAUGAGAUUCCAUUAGUAAUCAUAAUUCAGGGAGUCGUAGUCAAAUGAGUGUUUGUGAACCAGAAAUAAGCAGGGAUCAAGAAUGUGUGUCAUCACCAUGGCAACCAUCAACUUCAACAUUCCUAUUCAAUCCAUAUCUGAUCUAUGCAUGUGAAAAAAAAUACACUACAAAAUUUGAUUGAAUCUGACAGGGACAGAACAAUAUCAAUUACAUCACAGUGACAAUAAGAGGUCAAAAAUAAAAACACUUGACCUUUGACCCCACCAGUUGUAGAAUGACAAACUCCACUCAUGAAAUUAUAAGCCUAGUCAUUCAGUGGUGCAAUCUUAAGUAACUGUGGUGAUUGUGAAGUAAGCGACUGAAGCACUACCUUUUAUCUUAUUGGAAAUGGUACCACUCAGUUUUAAUCAAUGUUUAUAAAAUCUUCUUGUUAUCAACAAGUUGAAUUUCAAAUUUGUUCUAGAAAAUCUAGAUUGUAAAUAAUCAUGAGGGAAGUGAAUGAUAUUGAAAGAAUGGUUGUGUUUAUUUUCUGUUGGCAUGGUAACUGUGUUGCCAUGAUUUUGUUAUGGUGAUUAUCUGACAUGAUGACUUCUUAGAUGUAUUCAUUUAGGUUGUUUCUUUCUGAAAUGUGCAGGCUUAUCAUGAUUUUACAGACACUAUGAGGACCUUCAGAAGAUAUAUAUUGGCAGUGUGUUUAUUAGAUAGUUGUAUUUAUUUGGAAUUAAGCACACAAUGUAUUGAAUGGUAGAUGGCUGUUCCUUUGUACACCCUUGUAAGAAUUACUGUAUGAGUGCAAAUUUCACUGUUAUGUUUAUUUGUUACAUGUGUAUCGUAUGUGUUAUUGUAAAGUCAAUGGGAAGUAUUCUUAUUUGUUGAAGUUUCCUGGCCUAAUAAUGCCAAGAAAACAUUUAAAAUCAUUAAUACACACAUAUAGUAUAUAUCCAUGUAUUAUUCAGUGUUGUAAGGACCAUUAUAGAACUGUAUGGGCUGAUUUUCACAGAUGACGGGAUACACACAGUGUAUAGGGGCAGUUUUUAGUCCUUGGCAUGGAAGUUGCCAGCAUCACUUGUUUCCAAAUUGUGGUUGAAACAUGACACAUUCCAAACCCAGCUUCUGUCUAUGUGAUAAUACAACUGUAUAAAUUGCCCCGCUCUGACGGCACAGAAAACUUUAUCAAAGUAUUACUGAUGCACAAGUGUUAAUGACUUCUCAGAACAAAAAAACAGAUUUUUGUUCAUGUGGAAUACUUAAGGCAUUUUGAAGUUACAUUUAUUAGAAGCAAUUGUAAAAACAAAUGGGAAAAUGUCUGCUAGCAAAGCAGAAAGUUGCAAAAGCUUACAUGUAACAAUUCAUGAAUUGGUUAUUCAGGGGGAAAGUUGGUAUAUUCUCGUAGUAUAUAUAGACAAGGAGAAAUUGAUAAGAGUCAAAAUUGACGAUUUUACAGUAUUUUUGUUUCACAUUCUUGAAAUCAAAAAUAGCACUUCAGCUUUAUAAGUUUCAAUUUGAAAAAAAAGACAGAAUUUAAGCCAUGUUGCUGUGUGGAAUCUCUGAUGACAAUCAGCCAAUAUUGAAUGACUGAUCAUGCCAUAAAUCUAUGUGAUAACAUGUCAGCCGUGUGGAGUACAUUAUAUACAAUCUGUGACUGUGUUUCCAGUCUUUUGGUAGGAAACUGUUUCUGUUGACCAGAUGUAGUAGUUCCUCUAGACACAAUAAACUCAUGCUGCAUCUCCA